AUGGUGGAGGAUUGGGGUUGUGUCUCAGGAGGGGUGCUGCAGGGGCUAGAGAGAGGUGGACUUGGGAAUGGGACCGAGGAGAAGGAAACUGGCAGUGGCGAUGAUACUGGUGAUACUAGUAAUGGAGACACCAGACUGACGAAACACCGGCGGCUUGUUGCGCCGCCCACCAACCCCUGCCGCCGGCCCGCUAUAUAUACCGCGGGGCGAGAUGUGCCGGGCACAGUGCAGCAGCCGUCCAGCCACACUCCCGCCAUGCACAAGUUCAUCGUCCUCGCCGCCGUGAUGGCCGUGACUAAGGCCGGCUACCUGGGCGCCCCCGCCGUGGCUGCCUACGGUGCACCGGGCUUGGCUGCCUACGCCGCCCCCGGCCUGGCUGCCUACGCCGCCCCCGCGCUGGCCCCCGCCGCCAUCACCUCCCAGCACUCCAACAUCCUGAGGACGCCCGGCAACCUGGGACAGGUGUCCACCUACUCCAAGACCAUCGACACGCCCUACUCCAGCGUCUCCAAGUCCGACGUGCGCGUCAGCAACCCCGGUGUGGCCUACGGCGCCGCCUACCACGCGCCCAUAGCCUCAUACGGAGCGUACGCCGCCCCCGCCCUGGCCGCCCGCGCCUACGCCCCCGCUGCCUACGCCGCCCCCGCUCUGGCCGCCCACGCCGUCGCCCCCGCUGGUCUCCUGGGCGUGGCUUACUCCGCCGCCCCCGUCGUCUCCCACGUGUCUGUUGCUGGUCUGGGCGCCGCCUACGGCUGGUAGAAGUGAAGACAACACACACGACUAUUUAAUUCCAUUAUAUUUUUCUUUAGAAAGUGUAUUUAUUGAUUCAAAAUAAAUAUGCAUGCAUUUACGUA